CAGGUAGGAUCAAUCACCUUUAGAGGCGCAGUAAGCAGUUUACUAUAUAAAAUCUGCUUUUUGGUUACAUUUUGUUAGCGCAUCUUAGAUCCUACCUUUACAUCAGCAAGUUUAUCACUACCCUGUAUAGAGAGAGUGAGGAACAAAGAAAGAAUAAUUUCUACCUUACAGGUUUAGAUGGAAGUAAAUAGUGAAUAGCUAUGUUUAAAGGCAAUACUUGAUUAGUUUUUAUUAAUUUUUAAUGAUUUCAUUUCAAAAUGAAAAUGAAAUUCAAGUUAAUCUUAAUUUAUUUAUUUUCUGUGUUUAACCAUGGAUUUUACAAUUGUGAUCAAAGGAUAUCAUCAGAUGAAACAGACUACGAGAUCUCAAGAUUACGUCGCGAUGCACCUAAUCAACCACCUUACUUUGACAAAUCUUUAUAUGUGGUCAAUAUACCUGAAGAGAAAGAGAAAGGAACUGUGGUGACUAAAUUGAUAGCCAAUGAUCCUGAAAAGGGUGAAAUAUUUUAUUCCAUGUCUGCUGUGUUGGAUGCUCGGAGUCAAAGUGUUUUUAGUAUUGACAGCCUUUCAGGUGUUGUAACGACCACCUCACGUUUGGAUAGAGAAUCCAUGGAUCUUCAUUAUUUAAGAAUAAUAGCUGUUGAUUCAGGAAUACCUCCUAAAACUGGAACAACAACUUUACAAAUUAAUGUAAACGAUGAGAAUGAUCAUCAGCCUGUUUUCGAGAGAGCUUCAUAUGAAGCAAGUGUUAAAGAAUCAUUACCUGUUGGCUCAACAAUCCUCAAUGUUCGAGCAACUGACUCAGAUGCUGAUAUAAACGCUGAAAUUGAAUACAGUUUACUUAAUCCAACUGGUCCCAAUGAAGCAUUUAAAAUUGAUAGUAAAACCGGUGUUAUAACAACACGAGCAACUCUCGACCGGGAAACCGUAAAUAAUUAUGUAUUGACUAUUCAAGCUUCUGAUUGCGCUGCACCGGUCCAUCGUAAGCACGCAGAAACAACUGUUAAAAUCACGAUUCUUGAUGAAAAUGAUAAUUACCCUCAAUUUUCAAAUCGUUCAUACACUGCCGUGGUUAGAGAAGAUGUCGAUUGGACUUCACAUCCAGUUAUAGUUACAAUUUCUGCUACUGAUGCAGACGAGGAUGCCAAUGCAGCAAUCAGAUAUUCAAUUAUUGGCGGUAAUACUCAAGGACAUUUCCAGAUUGACUCUUUGACUGGUGAAAUCUCAGUCAUUUCACCUUUAGACUAUGAAACAACACGCAACUACAGGUUAAUAUUGAGAGCUCAAGAUGCUGGUUCCCCGCCUCGUUCAAAUACAACAAAAUUGUUGAUUAACGUUGAGGAUGUUAAUGACAAUGAGCCCAAAUUUUACAACAGCCUUUUCCAAGAAUCAGUAAUUGAAAAUACACCUCCAGGAACCAAUGUGCUUCGUAUACAGGCUUACGAUGAUGAUGAUGGAGAUAAUGCUCGACUUACCUAUUACAUCAAAGGAGCAUUGUCCAUCAAUGGACAAAGUGAAACAAUUGUUGGAACCUUGCCCAAUGAAAUGCCUUUAACAAUAAACAAUGAGACUGGAUGGAUCAUGACUACCCGCCAAUUAGAUUGGGAGGAGGGUAAUUUGUAUGAGUUUUCAGUUAUUGCCAGAGAUAAUGGUUAUCCACCAAAAUCAUCAUCAGCUAAUGUUAUUAUUCGCAUUCAAGAUGUUAAUGACAAUGAUCCUGUUUUUGAACCCAAAACUUAUGAUGCCACAAUCUCUGAAGUAGAUCCAAUAGGAACUCCAGUAAUCACUGUAACAGCAACUGAUCGUGAUGAAAAUUCGCGGUUAAAUUUCCAAAUAACCAACGGCAAUAACAAGGGAAAAUUUUCUAUUUAUAGUCAGAAAAAUCAGGGACAAAUCACCAUUGCUCAACCAUUGGAUUACAAGACUGAACGUCGAUAUGUUUUAACUGUAACAGUCUCUGAUAAUGGAGGGCGAAGUGAUAUGGCCAUGGUUUACGUCAAUGUUUCCGAUGCCAACACUCAUCGUCCAGUGUUUGAAAAAACUCCAUACUCUGUAAAUAUCCCUGAAGAUGCUCCUAUUGGGACAACUGUGUUGAUUGUUGAAGCCAGUGAUGCUGAUAUUGGCGAGAAUGCUCGUAUAACUUUUUCAAUUGAUGAAAAUAGUGAGUUCAAGAUUGAUCCUAUGACUGGAUCCAUUGUUACAAACAAACAAUUGGACCGUGAACGAGUGGCCGGCUAUACGCUUGUUGUUACUGCAACUGACAAUGGUUCACCUCCUUUGGCUGAUACAACAAAUGUUGAAAUUGAAGUUAUGGACGUCAAUGAUAAUGCUCCUAAAUUUAAACAAGACUCUUAUCAAGCAUCAAUCUCUGAAGAUUGUCUCAUUGGAACCAGAGUUACUCAGGUUCAAGCAACCGAUGAUGAUUAUGGUCUCAAUGGACAAAUUAGGUAUACGUUUAAUGGUGGAAAUGAUGGCGAUGGUGCGUUUAUUAUAGACUCUGCUUCAGGUAUCAUCCGCACCAACAAAGCACUUGACCGAGAAUCGACAGCUAAAUAUGAGCUUAUUGCUAUCGCUCUUGACAAUGGUAUUCCAAGUCAAUCAUCAACUAUUCCCAUUCAUGUGACGGUUGAAGAUGUCAAUGAUAACCCGCCUCGAUUUGAGACGGAUAUUUUACGAUUUUAUGUUCCUGAAAACUCACCAAUUGGUUGGGUUGUAGGUGAAUUGAAAGCUAUUGAUCCGGAUGAAAGAGGAAACUCCAAGAUUGAAUAUUCAAUUGUUGGUGGACCAGAUGCUAAAGCAUUUUCUCUGGUCACUCGAAACAAUGACAUAGCCGAGUUGGUGACUCGAGUUGAUAUGGAUUACGAGUCGCCCAAAAAAGUUUACAAUCUAAUUGUUCGUGCCUCAUCAGUUCCUUUACGAAAUGAUGUUGAUGUGCAAGUUUAUGUAACUGAUGUUAACGAUAAUGCUCCAAUACUCAAAGAUUUCUCAAUCAUUUUCAACAAUUACAAAAAUCAUUUCCCGCUAGAGCCCAUUGGACGUGUCCCAAUGUAUGAAGCUGAUGCUUCUGAUGUUAUGCAUUUUAAAUUUCUGUCUGGAAACAAAGCUGGCCUUUUGAUACUUAAUUCAACAACCGGCGAGAUUCGCUUAAGUGCCAGUUUAAACACAAAUGUUCCAACUCGUGCCCGUUUUGAAAUAAGUGUUUCUGAUGGACUUAAUGAAGCAUCUGCGCUUUGCCAAUUAACCGUCAACCUGGUCACCGAGUCAAUGCUUUUCAACAGUGUAACCAUAAGAUUGAAUAACGUAAAGCCAGUAACCUUUCUCUCUUCAUUAUAUGACCGAUUUCUCGACGGACUGUCAGCCAUUGUGCCUGCCCCAAAGGAAAAUAUAGUCAUCUUUAGUUUACAGGAGGAGAAAAUUACUAAGGGUCAAGUGCUAAGUAUAAGUUUCUCGGCCCGAAUACCCGAUUCAAGUGACCUGGACGCUUUUUAUCCGUCUCAAUAUCUACAAGAAAGAAUCUAUCUUAACCGUCCUUUCUUAACAAUGAUAACUGGAUUAGAAGUUUUGCCUUUCGAUGAUAACCUCUGUGUACGUGAACCUUGUCCCAAUUUUGAACAAUGCCUGUCAGUUCUUAAAUUUGGAAAUGCGUCAGACUUUAUUAGCUCUGAAACAACCCUCUUCCGACCCAUUAACCCGGUGAAUACAUUUGCUUGUCGGUGUCCAUAUGGCUUUACAGGAAUGUAUCAUAAAUAUGAAUGUGAUACAGAGAUUAAUCUAUGCUUUUCAAAUCCAUGUCUUAAUGGGGGAACCUGUAUAAGGCGAGAAUCUGGCUAUUCCUGUUCUUGUCCAUCCAAUUUUAUCGGUCGUAAUUGUGAAUCCAACUUGCAAACCGAUCAUUGCUCUGACGGAGUUUGCAAAAGUGGCUCAGAUUGUGUAAAUAUUCGUGACCAGCUCUCGGAUGCUUCUGGAUUGCCUGUAUUCAAAGGUUUUCAUUGUGCAAAUUGUACUCAUUCAGAAUGGAGUUCACCAACCUGUGAAUUACACUCUCGGUCAUUUACCAAAGGAUCUUAUUUAACAUUCCCUCCAAUCAAGCAACGUAAUCGUUUCAACAUUAAGCUUAAAUUUGCAACCCGUCGAGAUAAUAUACUUUUAUUUUAUAACGGACGAUAUAACGAGGAACAUGAUUUCAUAGCUUUGGAAAUAGUCAAUUCAACUAUUGUCUUUUCAUUUUCAUUUGGUUCAUCGGCUCGUCAUCAAGUUAGUUUAGCUGCUUUACCUGGAUAUUUAUCCAAUGGUCUUUGGCAUCUGGUUGAGGUCAAUUAUUUCAAUCGAACGGCAACUCUAAGUUUACACAACUGUGAUAGAGGCAACAUGAUUGGUUUACCUAAAGAAAUUAUGGAUUAUAAUUUUGCUUGUACCAAUUCAAGUACUUUUCAGCCUGAAGAAAGGUGCUUUGAUCGAAUGCAAACUUGCUUUAGAUAUUUUGAUCUCAUCGGUCCACUCCAAAUUGGCGGACUGCCUCCAUUGCCAACUACAUUUCCCACCACAACUGAUUCAUUUGUUGGUUGUAUUUCCCAUCUAACCAUUAAUCAUGAACUAAUUGAUCUCAACUCAUACGUUGCCAACAAUUUAACCACCCCUGGAUGUUUAGACAAACGUGACUUUUGUCAAUCUCAUCCUUGCAUGAAUGGAGGAACCUGUAUAGAAAGUUGGGGAUCUUAUAUGUGCCGUUGUAAAGAUGGUUAUCUUGGUAAAGAUUGUAGUCUUGAAAAUGAAGUUGUCAAACAUUUCAAUGGCGAUGGAUACUUAAUAUUUGCUCCCCGCCUCCGACCCAUCAGUAUACCCUGGUUGGUUCGGUUAUCAUUCAAAACUUUGAAAAGUAAAGGUACAAUUUUACGAAUCCAAUUGAGUCAGAAGACUUAUGUCAUUAUUGACAUUGAGGACGGCAUAUUGAGAUAUACUUUCGACAAGGAAACUGUCGUUGUAGCUCCAUUUAGAGUUAAUGAUGGUGAAUGGCAUUAUUUGGAAGCUAAUUGGAUGGCUAAUGGAAUCUGGUUAAAUCUUGAUUAUGGACAAUAUGAAGCGAAUCAAGAUUUUAGUGGUGACAUUCGUGGUCUUUUCAUCUCCAAAGUUUCAGUUGGUGGUAUUGAACCUGGUGAAGAUGAGACAACUGCACCAACAGCUUCGAUCCCAUCAUCAGCCAACAUUGAUCUAAUAGGAUUUAGUGGAUGUAUUCAAGGUGUUGAUGUAGGCAACGCACGAGAUGCUUGGCUGCGACCUUUGAGUGAAAUAAAUGUUGCUGAAGGCUGUCAUUAUCAUGACCCUUGUUCAUCUAAUCCUUGCCCUCAUCAAGCUCAAUGUAUUAACAAAGGACUCGGAAAUUAUGUUUGCAAAUGUAAUCCCAGUUAUAUUGGAACUGAUUGUAUUCUUGUUUGUGAACUCAAUCCUUGUUCACCUGGUUCACGGUGUAUUCCUUGGAACAAUGAACAAGGUUAUCGUUGUGAGUGUGAUGAAUUUCAUACUGGACCCAAUUGUGAUGUACCUAUUGAAAACCGAUGUCCAUCUAAUUGGUGGGGUUAUCCAAUUUGUGGUCCAUGUAAUUGUGAUUCAAACAAAGGUUACGAUGGUCACUGUAACCAAACAACCGGUGAAUGCAUGUGUCAAGAAGCUCACUACCAACCAUCAGGAAGUGAUUCAUGUUUUGCUUGCGAUUGUUACUCGCGUGGGUCGUUAAGUAAUCAGUGUGAUCCAAUUACUGGUCAAUGUCAAUGUCGUCUUGGUGUCAUUGGUCGUCGAUGUGAUACUUGUGCAAGCUCUCUUUAUGAAGUAACCACAAAAGGAUGUGAAGUUAUAUAUGAUGGCUGCCCAAGAUCCUAUGCCGAGGGUAUCUGGUGGGAACGGGGUUUGUUCAAAACUGAGGUCAUUCAAAAUUGUCCAACAGGUUCUUUUGGGAAAGCUAAACGUUACUGCGAUGAAACAACUGGGUGGGCUGUUCCUGAUCUAUUUGAAUGUACAUCCAAUUCAUUCAUUGAACUAGCUGAUCAACUAGUUUUAUUAGAGAAAGAAAAGUUUCCUUUGACAACUUAUCUUGCCAUCAAAUUUUCACAUGAUUUAAAAGUUGCAAUUAACUCAACCAAAGAGUUGUAUGGAAGUGAUGUUCUCAUCUCUUAUGGCAUACUUAAUCAUCUGUUGCAAUAUGAACUUAACCAGAAAGGUCUCAAUUUAACUCACAAACAAGAUAGAUAUUAUCUUUCCAAUUUAAUUUAUGCUUCAAGUAAAAUAUUUGAUAUUGAUUAUCAAAAGUAUUGGUCUAAAAUGACUUACAACACUGAAACAAAUGAUGGCAAUGGACCAGAAGUGUUACUCACCCUUUUCUCGGAAUACAGUAAAAUACUCAUUGAAAAUAUGGAAGAUACUUACACUGAACCAUUUGAAAUUGCUUUUCCAAACAUGGUUUUUGGCUUGGAUACCAUUGGUUAUGAUGAGCUUUGGGAAGUCACAUCAAUUAAAUCGCCCAUUAAUCACUUUUCUUCUAACUACUCAAACAAUGUUCAAAAGCUGUCAACCUCACCAUACCUUGACCAUAAUGUUCCUUCAUCUAUUGGUCCUGUCAUUUCUUUACCUAAAUACAACAAUUAUCCAAUGAGAAAGCAAAAUUCUGAUGAAAUAACUCGUCUAAUUCCGUCUCUUAAAACAUUGCGUUUGAAAGAACCAGAUAAUUUGACUUCAUUUGAAAAAUCUACACCAAUUAACGGCUAUUCCAGUGCAGGAUCUCGAGAAAGCUAUCCAAGAGCCAUUUAUUCAUAUGCAAUUUAUCACACCUUGGGUCAGCAUUUGCAGGAUUCUUACGAUAGCUCAGUAAAACAUCGAUUCGGUGUCCCAGUUAAACUCAACACUCCUUUGACAAGUUUUGUCAUUAGGCCUGCUGAUUCCAAGAUGUUUCUUGAUAAAAAUCUUAAACCUCGAAUUACGGUUCGUCUAAAGACAUUAUCUUCUGAAGGUUACAACAACCCACAAUGUGGUUACUGGGUUUCAGGAUCAACCAGUAAAAGUCGAUCAAACUCUCAAUAUGAGUCUAAAUUUGGUAAAUGGUCAACUCGUGGCUGUGAAAUUACCGGUAUUUUCCCACCAACCAAACUUCGCCGAUCUUUUACUUAUAUCAAUUGUACCUGUGAUCGGAUAGCUCCUAUUGGUGUUUUAAUGGACACAACUUCAUCAAAGAUUUAUGUCGAAGAAUCUUAUGUUCUAAGUGUUUCCACUCUUGCUGGAAUCUCCUUGUCACUGGUGAUUCUGUUGAUAACUCUUUUCCUUCUCUCGGUCAUUCGAGGGGUUCAAACUAACAGCAAUAGUAUUCAUCGAAACAUUGUAAUCUCAAUGAUUGCCGCUCAAACAAUUUUCAUGGUAGCAAUGAAAUUAAGGAAUUCUCUUACUCAACGAGGAUUUCCUUGUACAAUGGUUGCAAUAAGUUUACAUUAUACUUUUCUUUGUGAAUUUUCUUGGAUUUUUGUUGAAUCCAUUCAUCUUUAUCGUAUGUUGACCGAAAUUCGAGACAUUAAUCAUGGUUCUAUGAGAUUUUAUUAUUUCGUUGGUUAUGCUUUACCAGCUAUUAUAGUUGGAUUGGCUGUUGGAGUCAAAGCAGAUCAAUAUGGACAUUAUUUAUUCUGUUGGCUUUCAAUUUACGAAGGUGUCAUCUGGAGUAUGAUUGGACCAAUAGCGGCAUUUUCAUUUGUCUCUGUCAUUAUCUUUGCUUUAGCUCUUCGAGCAAGCAUUCAAAUCAAAGAGACUGUCUCUGAUUAUGGUAACCUUAGAACGUUACUUUGGCUCAGUAUUAUACUUUUACCAGUCCUUGGAUCUACCUGGAUACUUGCACUUUUAGCCUCGAAUGAUACUUUGGAAGAGUUCAAUUUAGGAUUCGUGAUACUUUGCAUCAUAUCAUCUUUUUACAUUUUCAUUGGCUAUUGUCUUGUCAAUCGAAGAGUCAGACAAAAUAUAAAAAUCACUUGGUACCGAUUAAAAGGGAUCAAAUCAAAUAAUUUGGAAGAAAGUAUUAGUGGAACAAGAACAUCAUUAGCUGGCAAAACUCCGAUCGGUGUUAUUAAUCCUCUUCAAGGUGCUCAUCUUGACGUUUUACACAGUCGAGGCUUUGGUAUAUCUACUUCAUCAACAACAAGUCGAUCAACGGCAACUAAAACAUCUUCAAGUCCUUAUAGAUCGGAUGUUCCUAGUGGUAUAUCGCCUUCCGUUAGAUCACAUCCCAAGAGUCGCCAUCAUCGUAAAGGUAUUCGUGGCCGUCGUGCUGGACGAAUGGGUUCGGAAUCAGAAAGUGAAAUGAGUUAUCAGCCUUCUUUUGAUUUGGCAUCUAGUCACUCAUCCGAUGAAGAAGAAGCUGAAGCUAUUGAUGCACCAGAGCAAAAUCAUAUAAAUAUCAUGAGGCAACAAUCAAUGGCAGGUGAACCAGAUGAUCAUACAAAUGGACUGGUUGUUUCAGCCUCUGAACAACAUCACUUAUCCCAUCCACAAUUUGUUGAUCAAAAAAGAUGGGGUUCAUUCGGUAUGAAUAUUAGGCAACCUCCAACUUUAACAAUGGAGCCUCCAACACUGGAAGGAGUCCCAUACUUACCACAACGACCAUAUAGUCGUUCAAAUAUACUAGCCAUGGGACUACCUGAACCCGUUCCAUUAUACGACAAUUCACCUGACAUGAACAUAUCACAAGAUGAAGGCUUAUCACCGGGUUAUAAUGAAGAAAACGGUGAACCUUGUAUUCAAGGAGCUCCUCAAGUUCACCAAAGGUACGACAGCUUACCCGUCCAUGGUAUGAUGGCCAAUUUAGAUUCAGAUCAUAAAGAAAUUAAUAGUGUUGGCGUGCCACAUGAUAGAAACACACCAAGUCAGAUGGAGGCUGAAGAAAGUGAGAUUGGUCCUCAAAUAUAUUCACGUCAAUCUCGAACGGAAUCUGAUUCCGUUAAUUCUCAAGAGGAUUUAACAAACAAUCCAUAUGGAUACAUACCAAGUCAAAAUAAUCCUCAUUUCACUCAAGCUGCUAUGUCAUCCAAUUCACCUCGAGGAGUUAAUACACCACCAACAGACAUUCAAAAAUCUAAAUCACACUCAUCGUCUUCAUCAUCAUUAUCUCAUGGCUAGUGAAAAAUGCACGAUUUUAAGUUGGAAGUACAAAUCCUCAUUAUUUGAUCUACUGUGUAAAUUACUCAGUGCAUAUUUUGUAUAUCUUUUUGAUGACCUACAAUCCCAGUGAUAAUCAUUAAUUGCACCAAACUAUCUCAAAAUUAAGAAUAGCAUCUUGUUAAAAUUAAGGAUUCACCUC